ACGUAAUUCUCCCAGCCAAAGUGGAAUUUGGGCCGAGUUUUUUUUCCCCCUACAGCCUGAAAACCACGUAGCGUUUCCAAUGUGUUUGUAAACGGUAGGAUUUGGAUACUUUUAGUGCAGAAGAAUAGUUUCAACAGCUCAGGCGAUGAAGGUUUGAGCUUAAACUUGCAUUGUAAACUUUGGAUGGAGUUUGUUGUCGCCCAGUCCAAACUAAGCACUGAGGCACUGAGGGGGAUCGGAAUUUACCGGUGAACAGGCUGGGAGGGGGAAAACGAGAAAAGAAGAUUGGCAAACUUUCUUUUUUUUUAAGAGACUGCAUAAAUCUCCCCCUCCUCCUCUUCCUUCUAUCUGGGCUCCAGCCAUGGCGAAAAAAUACGAUUUCCUCUUUAAGCUGCUGCUGAUCGGGGACAGCGGAGUGGGUAAAACAUGCCUCAUCAUCCGUUUUGCUGAGGACAAUUUCAACUCCACAUACAUCUCCACCAUCGGCAUUGACUUUAAAGUAAAGACAAUUGAAGUGGAUGGAAAGAAAGUGAAACUACAAGUCUGGGACACAGCAGGACAGGAGAGGUUCAAGACCAUCACUACUGCCUACUACAGGGGAGCCAUGGGCAUCAUUUUGGUUUACGACAUCACUGAUGAGAAAUCCUUUGAAAACAUCCAAAACUGGAUGAAGAGCAUCAAGGAAAAUGCAUCUGCUGGGGUCAGUCAGAUGCUUAUAGGAAAUAAAUGCGACAUUGAGCCGAAACGGAAAGUGUCCAAGGAGACAGGAGAGAAGCUGGCAAAGGAUCACAGUAUCAGGUUCUUUGAGACCAGCGCAAAGUCCAGCAUUAAUGUGGAAGAGUCUUUUCUAGCUUUGGCACGAGACAUACUGCACAAAUCCACCAAGAAGCCGGGUUCGGCGGGAAAAGAGGUGAAAAUCACCAGCAGUACAGCGAAACCGCCCUCAAAGUGUGCCAUCCUCUAGAAGUGACAUAUGCUGUAUAUGCCACUAUAUAUGCCACAGACGUUUAAGAGCACCAUGCAGAAAUGCAAAGGCUUUCUGUCUCCAUCUGCUGGCCGAAACUGGUACAAUACGUCCAAGUGCUGAGAGUUUAUCCAAACCGUUGUUUAGUCCACAAGAAUUUUAGCAUGCCCAAAUUAAUUUAUUAUUCCGAGACAUUUUGUUUUUGUGAUUGUUGCCACAAAAAACAUGCUGAAAGUGUCCAAAUGCCUGAACUCAACAUGUUCCAUGUCUCCUGUGUCCAAUCUAAUUCUUCAUAGCUUAUUGCCACACUCAUUAUAAUUCCUGCACUGGCACUGUUGUAAUAUUAUCAUUUAUUCAUCUGAGCACAUGCUGUAGCAGCUUUCAGGAGUUUGAUAUUUCCUGAAAAUCAGAACAUUUCAGAUCAAAAACGUUUUUUAAAUUAUUUUCUACCAUUUUAUGUUAAGGUCCAAGUGCCAAAAUUCCAGUCGAAUAUGUUUAGGUAUUUUAAAUGUUGGAGCAGAUCAGUAGAAUAGAAAUGUCUUUAGUUAUUGGUUUAGUUUCUGGUCAGAGUUUACAUGCAUAUAUAAAAGCAUAUAUAUAUAUGCUUUUAUAUAUAUAUAAAAGCAUUGUCUUUAUUUAAAUAAUUUGUUUGGGGGGUUUUUUGUCUUGGGGUGGAGAAAUAACAAACAACUUUCAUGAUUUUUAAAAACAAGAAUUAUGUGAAUAAGUUUGAAUUCACACACACAUGCACACACACAUAUAUACUGUAUAUAUACACAUAUAUGUACUUCCCUGUACAUACAAUGGUUUCAUUUGAUCUAAACAUGGCUUUUUAGGUCAGAUGGACAUGACUGUUUUCCUAAAUACAAAUUAAAACUGGUUUGUAGAAGGCCUACAUCAGGCUCGUGACAUCCAGACAGAACCAUACCAGAAACUUGUUAAAGUACAGUAAGUUCAAACCAAGGCCUCCUGUUCUUGUAUUAAAAUGCAAUCAUUCCAACCUGAGGAGGAAAAAUGCCUUAAAUUUGUUAUUGAAGUCCCAGAGAUAACUAGGAAUUUCUUGACAUUCUGACAUUUUGUUUUCUAUAAAUUUGCCAUGCAAACACAUUGUAUAAAUAUCUUAAAAUAAAUAUUAAGGAUUCCCAAGUCGGCAUUGUUUACUCCCUGAAAAGUAGAUGACUGAACAAGUCAUCUGCUCCAUUUAACAGUCAACGAGAGUGUGUCAUUAAAUGUUAAAGCUCCUGAUGACGUCCUGUUUUCCUCCCUUAGAGAAUUUUUGAAAUCUCUCUCCAUAAUAAUAAAUCCCACAAAUGGAAUCCAAACAAAAGCCGUUUGUCAAACAAUCCCUGAUUUACUAGCUGGAUGAAGAAUGUAGACGACAUCAAGCAGAGAUCUAGAAGUGCAAUCUGAGAAGCUGAGGGAAGAGAUGGAGGAAGGAUGGGUGUUAGUAAGUGAAAGGACAGGAUGUGAGAGAUGUGGAAGUAGCAGAGCAUGCAUGUCUGAAUUGAUUGAAAUGGGCUCGCCUUUUAACUGAAGUGCCUAAAUGUUACCACACAUUAGCUUCAUCUGACGUGACUGUCUCCCUGCUCAUGCAGUUUUUCAAAUGCUGAAAGUCACUCCCACUGCAGGUGUUAAUCAUGGCAGCUUUGUUUUCUGCUUACAGACCAGAGCUCUUGAAAACCAGAAUUUUUUUAUUAUUAUUUUUUUUUUGUCAUAUUUGUUACACUUUUAUUGUUUUGGAUCUGAAACUGUAAGGACUUUACAGACCCGAUUCUUUAUUAAUAAAAAUCAAAUACUAUAAAAGUG